AGUUAAUUUUCUGCAGAACCUGUUGGAUACGUCAACUUUUUGUCACUCUGUCAUUCCGGUGAAUUCCUAGCUACAGUUCAACAGGAAGUGUUCAAAAAGCAAUAAUAGAGCUACAAAGUGAUCGAGACGAUUUAUAUCGGCUUCUGUAGGAUUCCAUCCAUUUUAUACGAACAGACUCGCAGCCAGAGAGCCACACAGCGGCGCGCUACAGCUCGCCUUCCUUCACUGCGGUACAGUCUUAAAAUCACGUGACACGCAACAUGUAUUCGGUGUGGAAUACAUCGGCGUAUUACAGUUUUUGACUACCGGCUGUAUAUAAUUAUUUAUCAUUUAUUUAUCUUAUGCAUUACACAUAAUAUGUAAUACAUAUGCGUGUGCAUUUGUAUGUGUAAAGUGCGCGUGUGUUCUAAAAUAGAUGGUAAUUUCUGUAUUAAUUACAGAUAGUUAUAUAUACAUAAUCAAACUAAUUGAUCUGUCUCUCUUUGAUGCACGUGUGGAUUUCGCCAUGUGUUCCCCAGAGUAGAAAUGGUACUUGUACCAUUGUGCGGACAGAGGGGGAUAUUCCAUUGCUGGACAUUUUCUGUCUUUCUUUCUUGUGAAUUUCUCUUGGGAUAAGUGUCCGUGGAUUUCCACGGGAAACAUCUACUUCUAAGUCUGGGCCAAGUUUCAACAUCUCACAAGGAUGCAAAUCUGGAUUAUACAAAGAAAGUUAUUUCUACACGUAACAGUGAUGAUGUUAUUUCAUUACCGGGUAUGGACCAGCGCCGAGGAAGAAAAAGAUUUGACGCGAAUGCUGGAAUUGAUCGAGGAACAAGUAGGAAAUACCCCACCAAAUUUUAACGAUGACUUUCCAACGGAAGUGGAAUGUGAACUUUAUGUUGACAGUUUCGAUUCAAUCAAUGAAGCUAAUAUGGACUUCACCGUUAGUAUUUUUAUACAUUUGAUGUGGCAGGACCGUCGCUUCCUCACAUGGGUUCGUCUAACUGACAAUAAUUCCUACAUCGAAGCAGAUUCUAAACGCUUAGCAAAUCUGUGGGUUCCUGAUAUCUAUUUUCCAAACGAAAAGAAAGCAUUCUUCCAUGAUGUUUUCAUGCCUAACAAAAUGCUCAGGAUAUUUGGAGACGGGAAGGUAUCGUACACUGCUAGACUUUCGUUGACACUUAGUUGUCCAAUGGAUCUGCACCAUUAUCCCUUCGAUGAACAACGAUGUCCCAUAAUAAUGGAAAGUUUUAGCUAUGAUGAAAACAAUAUUAUAAUGAAAUGGAUGGGUGAGAAUACAACAGAGGGAACAGAAGAUGCUGUACGGAUUAACCGGGAGAUAACUCUGCCGCAAUUUGAGGUGUAUGACAUUGCUUCUAAGAGCUUUAAGAGGGAGCGCAAAGGAUCAUAUGCCCGUCACAGUGGUCUAAGGACAGAGUUCUUCCUGGCGAGGAAUAUAGGUUACUACGUGGUGCAAAUGUAUAUUCCCAGUAUCCUUGUCGUCAUGUUGUCUUGGAUAUCCUUUUGGCUCAACGUCAACGCCGUACCUGGUCGGAUAGCCCUUGGAGUGCUCACUGUAUUGACUAUGACGACACAGAGCUCCAGUGUGAACGCUUCCCUUCCUCGAGUGUCGUACACAAAGGCUAUUGAUAUCUGGAUGUCCGUUUGUUUGUUGUUUGUAUUUGCUGCACUCAUAGAAUUUGCCGUGGCUAACGUCCUAAGCAAUAAAGACAAUAACAAAGGAUUAAAACUUAAAAAUAUGUUUCAUAUACUUAAGCCAGGUGCUAAAAAGAAAAAGCCAAAAACUGAGAUACUUGUUGGCGAAGACGGCGAAAUGAGACUCGAUCCAGAACGGGACCCUACUGUCCAACGUAAAAAGGUGUCCGGCAUUCUCUUCUCCAUGUACCUGGAUGUAGCCUCGCGGUUUUUAUUUCCAUUUUUCUUCGCCCUCUUCAAUCUAGUAUACUGGGCCCACUACUUAUCCACCAGUUAGUGCGGGCAUCAGUUUAGCGUUUGCUUCCAAUAAACUUAGACCGUUAUCAUUGAUCUCUCCAUAGUGUUAUAUCAUACAAUGUUUAUAACCACGUAUAUGCAAAUAUGUUUUUCUCUUUCGAUACUUUGUUAUUUAAUGUAACCUCCGAAGUUUCCUUCUUAACAUGUUAACACGUCAUCCACUGUGUUAGCCAUCUCUUAUUGUAAUAUGACACUUGAUGUACAUGGCUUGCUUUCAUUGAUGUUUUGAUCAGCAUUAAAAAUCCUGAUUCACAAAAGUUCUUACUAACUCGGUCUGUAAAAUUACUUAGAGUUUAAGAAGUAAGUACUAAUACUAGUUACGGUUAUUGCAACAUGUUUAUUGAUGCUGAAAUUAGAUAAACAUGCAUCUUCUAAACAAAGAUUUAUGGUAACCUUUCAAAAAAAAAUAAUAAUAAUAAUGAUAGGAGAGAGAAAAGUAUCUUAUUCAGUUUCUGAUAUUUAAUGUUACAUAAAAUGUAUUCAUAGUUAUAAUUAUACUGUAUCUCAAAUGUAUACGUUGAAAUUAAAAAGAAAUGAAGAUUUUAUCAUAAUAUUGUUGAUAAUUUAAAAUAAUAUGUUUUGCAUUACGUACAUGUAAAAUGAUACAAGUUUGGUUGUAUCAUUGCGUCGUUUACAUACUGCUCGUAGUAAUACAAAUAUGGUAUGUUUUUUAUUGUUACAUUGUAUAUAUGCUUUAUCGAGUAUAAAAAUGGAUUUAAACUGUUUUUGUAAUUUGUGACUAAUCAUGAAGGUUACAUUAAUGUGAUAUCCUAUCCCCUCAUCGUUUGCUUAAUUCUGACCUGCGUUGUCUUCAUAUUGUAAAUAGAUAUGUCUAGUGUAGUAUAAUUUCCAAUCACGUAAUAAAUACACUAAGAUUCAUCUGUAAAAAAUGGAUAUUUGAUAAUUUGUGUCGAAGUAAUUAUAUCUUUUAUUCAUAUACAAUUUUACACAUUUGGAAAUGAACAAAUAUGUAAAGUUAGAAACAAGAGUGACACAGAAGAGACUGAUAACCUAUACACUUUUCAUUUUAAGUGGACCUAGAUCCUCGUAAAUCAUGUCUAUCUAUCAGAAUAUAUAUCAGCUGAUAUAUUAGUAAGUUUUCUAUAAUUAUAAACAUCAUUCUUAUAUUAGCAUUUUACUCCCUUCCUCGGUAUAGGUAUGUGAAAUUCAGUAAUCAUGUGGACUCUAAUAUCAUUUUCUCGAAGUCUUGUAAGUAGUACAAGGACACUGUGUUUCACAUUGUAUACCAAGGUGCAAAAGUAAGUGUACAAAAAUGGUGUAAAUAAGAUUUAUCUUAAGGACUUGCUUAUACUAUUAUCAAAUAUGAUGAUAAGCUAAUGCUAUGCAUGUUUCCACGUUAUGAAGUAUGUUUUAGUUAUUGAUGUUUCUGUUGAAAAUAUAUCAUCCUCAACAUGAAAAUAUACUUACUUUUGCACUUUAGUCUAACUAAAAAAUGCCAAUAUAUAUAUAUAUAUAUAAUGAAAUUAUGUUUAGGAAAUCUGGAUUGAAGCAUUUUCUGAUUAUCAUGUAAUUUGAAAUAUAUUGCCUAUAUCAACAUAAAAAACAACUGCAGUUGAAAUUAGCAUCUACUCCAUGUUGAUUACCAAUACAAUUAAUUUCAGUUUUGAAAUAGUGACAUAAUAUAAUAAAAGAUUCAAAGCUUUACAAAAUAAAGAAAUCUGCAACUGUAUUAUAUCUGUUAAUUAUGGAAACUAAAAGAUGUGAUCGCUGCUAUUUAAGAACAUUGUAUCGAUAAACAUUUAAUCGAGAUGUUUUUUGUAAAAUAUGUUUGCCUUUUAUUCUGUAUAAAACUUAUUAAUGCAGUCAUGAUGUUUAAAAAUGUUAUGCAUGAUCAAGGUGUAGAUACCUUAUUUCACACAUUUCCUGUUAUGUGAGAGGACGUGCAAUUGUGUCUGUAUGAGUGAUCAACUUAAUAUUAACCUGUUGUAUAUCGUUUACUGUAUAACACAUGGUUAUAGUCUUGCAAGUUUAUGUGUUAAUAUAUACAACAAAAACAUGUUCAGACGUGUAUUUGUAGUUAAUGCAUAAUACAAGUAAAAUAGUUACUAGAAACGUUUUCUUUUUAACACUAAUAUCACUUAUCAGAAUGUUAUGCCAUGAACCAUUGCAAUGUUAAGCAGAGAAGACAUAUAUUUCAACUGUCCCACUAAGUCACAUUACAACAGUGCGACAUUGAGCAUUAUACUCUAAAAUUAAAUAAAACAACCAUUGAUCCGUUCAAGAAAUAUAUUUUAUUUGAAAUAGAUAUAAUACUUCCACAGCAUCUUAUUGUGAUGUUCAUUUUUAGAAAAAUAAACAACAAAAUGUUGAUAUUUCAUAUAUAUUUUUAUUGAUUUGUACACUCUUAAUGUUCUCAAGAAAACUAAUUGAUAUCUUAGCUUGUGUAACAACUGUAUACGUCGAGAAGUGCUAUCUUAAAUCUACAAGAAAACCAUACACUUUGGAACAUUUAAAUAUCCCCAUGCCGAAUGUGCCAGUCGUAAAGAAGUCUCUAUCGCACAAUCAACAUGCAUUCAAUUGUAUAAUCUUUUGAUAUUCUUUAUCUGAAAAUUAGAUCUUAGAGAUAAAAUUUCCAUGAAGACCCAUGCUGUAUAUAUUUAUAUAUAUCAUAACAAAGCAAUGCUUUACUUAGUCAUAUUCUCAGAAACAUAUUUGCUACUUUACAUAAUAUGCAAUGGAUAACACAUGCAGGCAACUGAGAUAUAAUUCGGCCGAAAUACUUAUAAAAAUGAAUAAAAAAAAAAAUAAAUAAAAAAAUACGAAAUCAAAACAAAAUGUUAUGAUUCAAAGUAUAUAUAAACAUUUGCAACAGUUAACCCUAACCGUUUCUAAUGACGGCAAUGAGAAGUGAAAUACCCCGCUGUUGUAUGAUUUUACCAAACAGAUUGGGAUAUGUGUUGGUUUGAAUAUAGGUGACCAGGAAGCUUGUUAUUUGAUGAAAUGUGACAUUAAUUAACAAAUGGGCAAUGUCUAAAGUCCAGAUAUCUAGGCAAGCCACGUGAAUAUUAUGAAUAUUAUGUAGCGUUGAAAGUAGCAGUUAAAGCAAGUAAUUAAUCAAAAUAUUGUAAUAUGUGUUUUUCAUGUUUCUCACAAACUCCAUGGCCUAUGAAAUAUUGAUCAAGCAUGAAAAAACAGUUAAUUCUUUAAUGUUUAAUGUUUAGGAAAAAACAUUAUGUAUGUAAAUAAUAUGUAAAGGUUGUUAUAUGCUUCUAAUUAAUGUAAAGCAGAAUCCCAGUUGAAUUGUAUGAUUUAUAAUUUAGUUAAUGCGAGAGUAUACAUGCCGAUUGGUAUAAUUGUGAUAUUGAUAAUUUGGUUAUCUGUACAAUGCUUUAAGAUAUCUGACCUAUCUCGUUGUAAUUAUCGUAAUAUGAUUGUACUGAUAUUAACGCCUCAUAUUAAUAUUGAUGACAUAUAAUGCCUGGUGAAUCAUCUGUUUGCUACUCAUUGGUAAAUAUGUCACGGUUUACAAACCAAUAACCGUCAGUCGAUUUGUGGUUUAUCAAUCAAUAACCGCCAAUAGCUGCAUGGUUCAAUAACCAAUAUCAUCAGUCGAUCAAGGGUUCGCCAAAGAAAAGUCGCCAGUCGAUUCACUAUCUGUUAAUGAAUCAUUGUUUGUCGAAGAAAGCUAACUAGCUGCUGGUGACACUAUGUGAUAAGUUGCAAAAACAAACAAGCAAAUGAUACAUUAAGUCGUUAUUUACCUAGGCAUCAGAGGAAUCGUAAUACAACAAUUACCACCUCUCUUGGAAGUCAAGUUCUUGGAAAACGAACCUGGACAGUCGUUUUGAAUAAUUAUUAGGUUUCGAAUAGCUAGCGAGUAAUUUUUUCAUACCUUCUGAAGAUAUGGUGUUUCUUAGCGCGCAACCGUUUGAUAAGUCUGUUGUUAUUGGUGUGUAACCGACUGACGACGUGAUUUUUUUGAGUGUCCAGACAUAUGACGAGCUGGUGAUUAUACGUAUCUAACAUUGAUAAUCGUUACUGUCUAACGUUGGUUAUUAUUAGUGUCUAACGUUUCUAACAUUAGUAAUCAUUUGUGUUUAGCGUUGGUUAUCAUUGUUAUCGGUAUCGAGCGUUGAUAAUCAUUAGUGUCUAGCGUUAGUAAUCAUUCGUGUCUAACGUUGAUAAUCAUUAGUGUCUAGCGUUGAUAAUCAUUAGUAUCUAACGUCGGUUAUCUCUAGUGUCUAACGUUUCUAUCAUUUGUAAUCCUUAAUGUCUAACGUUGAUUAUCAUUAGUGUCUAGCGUUGGUAUUGGUUAUCAUUAUUGUUUAACGUUUGUAAUCACUAGUGUCUAACGUUGUUAAUCACUAGUGUCUAACAUUGUUAAUGACUAGUGUCUAAUGUUGGUAUUCAUUACACCGGUAAUCAUAAGUGUCUAACGUUGGAAAUCAUAAGUGUCUUACAUUGGUAAUCAUUAGUGUCUAAAAUCUGUAAUCAUUAGUGUCUAACGUCGGUUAUCAUUAGUGUCUAACACCGGUAAUCACUAUUGUCUAACAUUGGUAAUCACUAGUGUGUUACGUUGUUAAUCACUAGUGUCUAACGUUGGCAAUCACUAUUGUCUAACGUUGGUUAAUCGUUAGUGUCUAACAUCGGUAAUUACUAGUGUCUAACAUCGGUUAUCAUUAGUGUCUAACACCGGUAAUCACUAGUGUCUAACUUUGGUAAUCACUUUUGUCUAACACCGGUAAUCACUAGUGUCUAACGUUGGUAAUCACUGGUGUCUAACGUUGGUUAAUCGUUAGUGUCUAACAUCGGUAAUUACUAGUGUCUAACAUCGGUUAUCAUUAGUGUCUAACACCGGUAAUCACUAAUGUCUAACGUUGGUAAUCACCAGUGUCUAACGUCGGUAAUCAUUAGUGCCUAACGUCGGUAAUCAUUAGUGCCCAACGUCGGUAAUCAUUAGUGUCUAACAUUGGUAAUCAUCCGUUUCUUAUCGACUUAUUAGAUCACACAGUCAUUAAUUAUCGUUUAGGGAGUCCUAGUUUAUUAUAGUCUAAUCGUCUGGUGAAUUUUCCAAUUAAUGAAUAAUCUGGUGAGAUAUGUUGCACUAAUCAUUUACUGUAAGGCGAGUCACAAUGUAAAUAUACAGGCGUGGCUUCAAUUUGUUCGAAUGCAAGAAAGUAAUAUGCAAUGUUGUUUUUAUAUAAAAUAAAUAACCUUAUUAACAUGUACAUGUAGCUAGACACAUUUUAUGCACUAUACAAUAGUAAUAUGAUUAAUAAUCUAUUUCUUAUUGCGUCCUCCAAUGAUUAUGUAUCAUCUCAUGGGUUCUUUCACGGAGUAGAUGGUUUGUUAUGCGUCAUACUUUAUUGUUACUUGCUGGACUAUGUAUAAGACGUCUGUGAUUGUGAGGUUGCUGUGGAAGCGUGGACGAGAUAUGACUGCUUUGUAUCUGUUGAUAUGAUUUUAUUAAUUUUACUUCAAUAAAAUAUACAUGUCAACCCCAA